AUGAAGCGGUUACAGAAGUGUUGCUGCUGCGCUUCGACGCGAACUGGAUCCCUCAUCACAGCGACUUUGGGCAUCAUCUUGUCUAUAGCCACAAUCAUCACAAUAUGGGUCGCGAACAAACACAAUGUCUCCUACAGGACUUUCAUAUUCGCGGAGGACUUCGACAAAAAACUUGCCGAUAUGGACAUUCCAAGAAUUAUACUGACAGUGAAUCUUUGCUUCACUAUACUUAUCUGUGGGCUCCUCAUCAUUGCAAUUUUAAAGAGACGCUCCUGGCUAAUGUUGCCUUGGGUAGUAUUGGGUAUCGUGCUUGCUAUUGGACUUCUAAUUAGCGUUCUGCAUACCUCAAUUACCUACUACUUGGAUGAACAUGAUCAUGCUAUUCUUGCUACGUGUAUAUUAAUUGGAGGGCUUAUCUAUCUUUGUAUAUAUCUUUAUCUAUGGGCAGUUGUGUUCAGCCACUACUUGGAUGUGCGUGAUGAAGAGGAGACGGGCAGGUAUCGCAAGGCGCCUUACAAACGAUAG